UGCGUGUGGAAACACGGACAAGCACGAGCGCUUCAUUCGAUUCACUGGGGACCCUGGCGCGCAACAAGAGCCCCCCAUGGGGGCAAUACUGCAACCAUAGAAGCCAGUGAUUGGCCAGACGUUGAUCAGAUGGUAGAGAUCCCCUCUGCAUUCAGUCGUCCUUCGCAACCCCCUACAGCAAAAACCAAAUCUCCGAUAAAGUAAUGGCAAAACCACUUGGACUAUAAAAGACAACAAAUCAUAUUCCUCCGGAGUAUACGCGGUUGUCCAUCCAAUGAGUUCCUAUUUUGUUAACUCAACUUUUCCCGUGUCUCUAUCGGGCGGACAGGACUCUCUCCUGGGUCAGAUACCGCUCUAUUCGUCUGGAUACACCGAUCCUUUAAGACACUAUUCCAAUGCAGCCACUUAUGGAGCGGCCAACAUGCAGGACAAGGUGUAUCCUACCGCCGCGUCCUACUACCAACAGAGCAGCGCCGCGGCCGCCGCCGCCCUCUACGGCCGCGCCAACGGCGGCGCGCCCUGCGACUUUAACACCGUCGGUACUUUCUACAAGGACAGUGAGGGCUCGUGCGCCUUCGCCAAUCGGGAAGACCAGCCGCUGUUUGUAACUCAGGACCACCACCGCAAGACAGAGUGCCCGGAGCAGAGUGUCAGCAUGAGCAGCAGCCUGGACGACAAGUCUUCCCUGAUUUAUCCCUGGAUGCAAAGGAUGAACGCAUGUUCCGCCGGUACGUUUGGCAGCACGGGCCGAAGGGGCCGGCAGACCUACACGCGCUACCAGACCCUGGAGCUGGAGAAGGAGUUCCACUUCAACCGCUACCUCACGCGGCGGCGGCGCAUCGAGAUCUCGCACGCGCUGUGCCUCACGGAGCGCCAGAUCAAGAUCUGGUUCCAGAACCGCCGCAUGAAGUGGAAGAAGGAGAACAAACUGCUCAAUCCCGCCAAGCCCAGUGAGGAGGAGGAGGAGGAAGAGACGGAGAAAAACAAGCCCAGCUGAGGAAGGGCUGAAGCGCUGGCCCCGGGAUGUGCACAUCCCCCCCCCCCCCCCCGAUUGGCUUACACACGGCCUACGAAUAAAUACAAUUAAUGUGAAGACGAUGUAUCAUUUCUUUGUAGAUAUAGGCCUCAGUGUCGUGUAUCAUGGCGAAUAUGUUUGCAAAAAAAAUCAACGUGUAGAAUAUUAGACCAUAUUUGAACCUUUUGCACGGUGAUCUCUGUGUUAGACUGUCCUCCUUUGUUUGUGUUUGUGCUUAAUCGUGUGCUUAGGAGACUAUGCAACAUGGCCAAAUGUAAAUAGAUUUUUCAGUGUUUAGGGUUUGAAAAUGUUGUGAUCUCAAUAGAUCCUUUAAGUUGCUUCCAGCGUCCCUUAAAGCGGGUCUCUGGCCUGUGCUGUCCCUAGCCUUGUGCUGUUAGAUGUUCUACGGUUGUUGUCCUGCUAGCCAUAACGUUUUGUACAUCAAACCUACAUGCUAUUUAUUGAUUUUCCACCUGUGUUACAUGAGCAUCCGGAUAUUGUGUGCAAUAUUUUGUUAGAUAUUUGUACAUAGAAAUAAAGGCUUUUGUGUUAAAAAAAGAAAAUAAUAUUGGA